UGUCAUAGCCGGGUGCUGACUCCGAGGCGUGCGGCAGGCUCGUUCGCUCGCUCUCUCUCCGCUCCUGCCACCGCUCAGCCGGCACAGCCCAAGAGAGCCUGAGAGCCUGUGAGCCAGGGUGGGAGGGAGCAUAGGAGGGAGGGAGCGAGGGCGCGCCCCGGUUCUCCCUCUUGCCCUGUUGCCCGCCCUUCCUGCCGCCACAGCUUGUCUUUUCCAGGCACCCUGGAGUCCCCUAAGGCCAGCCCGGAGGGCGCGCACCUGCCAGCCGCCCCUGACCUCGAAGGCCAGGCGGCCCCCGAGCCUGAGAAGAUGGCCCAGUCCAAGACCGACUGCCGCUCACCUGUCGGCCUCGAUUGCUGCAACUGCUGCCUGGACCUGGCCCACCGGAGCGGGCUCCAGCGCGACAGUAGCGGGGAGAACAACAACCCGGGCAGCCCUACAGUGAGCAACUUUCGGCAGUUGCAGGAGAAGCUAAUCUUUGAGAACCUCAACACUGACAAGCUCAACAGCAUAAUGCGGCAGGAUUCGCUAGAGCCAGUGCUGCGGGACCCCUGCUACCUGAUUAACGAGGGCAUCUGCAACCGCAACAUCGACCAAACCAUGCUCUCCAUCCUGCUCUUCUUCCACAGUGCCUCCGGAGCCAGCGUGGUGGCCAUAGACAACAAGAUUGAGCAGGCAAUGGAUCUGGUGAAGAAUCACCUGAUGUAUGCUGUGAGAGAGGAGGUAGAGAUACUGAAGGAGCAGAUCCGAGAGCUGGUGGAGAAGAACUCCCAGCUGGAGCGUGAGAACACCCUCCUGAAGACCCUGGCGAGCCCCGAACAGCUGGAGAAGUUCCAGUCUCGGCUGAGUCCUGAAGAGCCAGCUGCCCAAUCCCCACAAGCACCUGAAGCCCCCGGUGGUUCUGCGGUGUAAGUGGCUCUGUCCUUAGGGUGGGCAGAGCCACGAAACCUGUUCUACCUAGUUCUUUCCGGUUUGUUUUUGGCUCCCCAAGCAUCAUCUCACGUGGAGAACUUUACACCUAGCAUAGCUGGUGCCAAGAGAUGUCCCAAGGACAUGGCCACCUGGGUCCACUCCAGUGACAGACCCCUGACAAAGAGCAGGUCUCUGGAGGCUGAGUUGCAUGGGGCUUCAAAACCCCAAGCCAGUGAGCCUCUAAUGCCACUGCGCCCUGGGGGCUCCCAGGGCCUGGGCAACUUAGCUGCAACUGGCAAAAGGAGAAAGGUAGUUUGACAUGUGAUGCCAGUUUGCUCCAGAAUGUAUAAAGGGGUCUGUUUUUCAUUUCCAUGGACAUCUUCAACAGCUUCACCUGAUGACUGUUCUAUGAAGAAGCCACUUGUGUUUUAAGCAGAGGCAACCUCUCCCUUCUCCCCUGCCUCGCCAAGGCAGGGGGCACAGAUGGGAGAGAUUGAGCCAAGUCAGCCUUCUGUCGGUUAAUAUGGUCUAAUGCAUGGCUUUGUGCACAGCCCUGUGUGGGAUUACAGCUUUGGGAUGAGCGCUUACAAAGUUCUGUUUGGUUAGUAUUGGCAUAGUUUUUCUAUAUAGCCAUAAAUGCGUAUAUAUACCUAUAGGGCUAGAUCUAUAUCUUAGUGUAGCGAUGUAUCCAUAUAUACAUACACCUACAUGUUGAAGGGCCUGACCAGCUUUGGGAGUAUUGACUGGUCCCUUAUCUCUUAAAGCUAAUUCUUUGACUGUGCUCAUUUACCACGUCGAUCCAGUUUGUCCUUUAGAUUAAGUAAAACUCAAGAGUAAAGGCAGGGAGAGGAGGGCCAGCCCUCAGAAUGCGGCCACAGAUGCCUUGCUGCUGUACCCUUUCUUUCCCCAACUCUCCACUGAAGACAUGUGAAAUCCUUUUUCGAAUGCCAAACCCACCAUUCACUGGUGCUGACUACAUAGAAUGGGGUUGAGAGAAGAUCAGCUUGGACUUCACAUUGUCAUUUGAGAACUUUUUUUUUUUAUUUUGGUGGAACACUUUCAAUUGAACAGAUAGAUGGCAUCCUGAUGUGGAUGAGGGGUGGAUGAGGGAAUGACUUUGAUCCCAUUGGGGCCUGAGGGAUGUGCCCAGGAAAUUUGUUUCCAAGGGGGUUCUGUGACAGUGAACUUUCCACUUUCUGACACCUUAUCCUGAUGUAUGUCUCCAGGAUUUGGAUUUUGAUUUUUCAAAUGUAGCUUGAAGUUUCAAUAAACUUUGCUCUUUUUUUUCUAAAAAUAAA